AUGACCUCCAACAUCGAAAAUCGACUAGCUUUCCUACGGGAGGCAGAACAACUCAAAAACGUCCUUCGAAGUGGUCACACCUCCCAAGGUCGCAACGAGAGUACAGCAGAACACACAUGGAGGCUUUGUCUGAUGGCGAUGACAUUUGAAGACGAAUUUACCAAACUUGAUAUGUUGAAGGUUCUCAAACUGUGUGUGGUUCAUGAUCUCGGCGAAGCCAUCAGUGGGGAUGUCCCUGCCGUCAGUCUGCAACAAUUCCCAAACAAGAGUGAACAAGAACGGACCGAUAUGCUGCAGCUGACAGAAGGACUUGACGCACCGCUUAAGGAAUCUAUCAUGUCUCUCUGGGAGGAAUAUGAAGCCGGGUCCACUCCGGAGGCUAAGGCCGUGAAGGCGAUGGAUAAAUUGGAGACAAUCCUCCAACACACGCAGGGCCAGAAUCCGCCGGAUUUUGACUACAAAUUCAAUCUGACCUACGGUGAUAAAUAUACGAAUUCAGACCCUCUUUUCUGGGCAAUACGCGAGGUCAUCGACAAAGAUACGAGACGCAGGAUGGACACGAAUAGUGGAACUUCCCAAUAA